AUGUGUGCAUAUACACUCCGCUCGACCGCCACAGCCGAGAUAUCACAUGGGGAGCUAGGGUUGGAUCCUGUUUUGCUGCUUAAGUUGGCUUAUUUUGCGUGUGAUAUUUCUCUCUCUCUUCCCAUGGGUCGGAGGAGGAAAGUAAUAUUGAAGCCGGCGGUGGUUUCCGAUGAGUCUACGGUGGAGGUCCUCCCUUCGAAUUUUGAAGUGGAGUCUGAGACGAUCAAUGUUGAGGAAUUUCAUGAACCCUGUGCUGAGCUAGAGAUUGACCGUGGAGUCGAGGAGGUUGAUGAAGGGUGUUCAAUUCGUUCUUCGUCUAGAGCAGUGAAUUGGGCUGAGGAGGUUGAGGGUAAUGACUUUCAGAAUUCUGCUAAGGAAGUUUGGAGUAAAUUCAAAUCAAACCAGGUACUCACCCCUUCGACUAGAUUGGAUUUUACUAAACCUAUGAAAGUAGGUGACCAGGUUGUAGCUAGGCUUGAUCUGGAAGAGGUGGAGGUUGAGGCGUCUUUUUGGAGGAAUGCUAUUGUCUGUAUUGUGCUAGGCGCCAACCCUCCUUUUCGAGUGUUUGAGGGUUUUGUCAAACGAAUAUGGGGGAACUUAGGGGUUGAUAAGAUAGUGCGUAUGCACUCAGGAUUCACUUUGGUAAACUUGAGGGAUGAGGCCACUCGAGACCUGAUUCUGGAAACGGGGGUCAUUCACUUUGACAGAAAACCAGUUGUCCUUCGCCCAUGGACUACAGAUUUGGAUUCGGUUAGAAUGGUCAAGUCUGUUCCGGUUUGGAUUCGUUUGAAUGGUUUGGGAUUGCAAUAUUGGGGUAAGAAUAGCCUCAGUGCACUGGUAGUUAAUGGAUCUGAGAGUGAUAAUCAGCAAGUACCAGGAGCUGCUAGACCAGAAAACAGUGAGCCAUUUAUUGCAGUACCUGAUACGGAAGGAAGGGAUGAGACUUUAUCUAAGGGUAUUGAGUCAAAGGAGAGUAAUAAUGAACAGAGUUCACAUAGCUCUUCUCAGUUAGGUGGAACUAGUAGAACAGACAUUGUUGGUACUUGGUCUACUCCUAAAAGACGUGGGUCUAAACAGGUUGUGGCUACUCACCACAAGGCAGUGGUAGCUCCCAGUAAGGCUAAUGUUAGUAAUGGGUGGAAUGUGAGGGGUAUGAAUAAAAAAGAUAAGCAAAAGGCGAUUUUAGAUGUUUGUAAGGAGAAUAAGGUUGGUUUUGGAGCUUUUUUUGAAACGAAGGUGAAACAUGAGAAGAUUCAAGAAGUUUUUGGGAAUAAUUGUCACAAUUGGGACUACUUUUCUAGUUCUAUCAUCUCUGGUAGGAUUUUGAUUAUUUGGCAUGCUAAGUUUGUGAAGGUAGAUAUUUUAUUUGAGGACCCUCAACUUGUCCAUUGUAGAGUUAAAGUCAGUGGGCAGAAGGAUAUGUUCCUUGCUACGGUAGUGUAUGGUAGCAACUCAAUGCUGGAUAGGAAAUCCCUUUGGGACAAGCUAGCUAACAUUGGGCAUCCGAAUUAUCCUUGGAUCAUAUUCGGGGACUUCAAUGCCAUGUUUAGCUUUCAGGAUAGGAAUGGAGGGAGACAUAUUUUAGCUAAAGAUAUUGUUGAUGCUCAAGAUUGGGUGGCUUUAGGCCAAGUGGAAGAAUUUCAAUGCUUCGAGGCGCACUUUACUUGGUCCAAUAAGCAUGAUAUAGGAGACCGGAUAUUUUCCAAACUUGAUAGGGAGAUUAACAAAGUGGGGAUCAAGCCGUUCAGAUUUUGCAAUCACUGGCUCCAAUACAGUAGAUUCAAAGAGGCUGUCUUGGGUAGCUGGAAUACUACUUCUGGUUCGGCAGGGGGUCUGAAUCAGCUAGUUAAGAAGCUGUUGAGAGUGAAGCAUGUUCUGAAACGUUUUAACAGGGAGGAGGUUGGUAAUGUUGUGUUGGAUUAUAAGCUUGCCAAGGAGGAGCUUAGUAUAGUUCAGGAGGCCAUAUCAACUAAUCCUUCUGAUCAUUCUAUGCAGCUAGCUGUCAGUCAAGCUCAGCAGUAUUUCUCUAUCAUGCAGAAGCGUUAUUCCUGUUUCCUUAAGCAUCCGAGUAAGAUUAACUGGGUUGUUUUUAGUGAUGAGAAUUCGAAAUACUUUCAUGCUGUUAUGAGGAAAAGAAGGCUUGAAAACAGAAUCACUUCUUUUAUUACUGGAGACAAAACUGAAGAUGACUAUGAGAAAGUUGUCAAUCAUUUUUUAUCCCAUUUUGAGCAAUUUAUGGGGAGGAGUAGUUCGGCUACCAUGGAUCUGGACCUAGAUUGUAUGAACCAGGGUAAUAGUCUUUCAGUGGAGCAACAAGUGCGAUUAUUAAGACCUUUUAGUAAGAGAGAUGUGAAAAAGGCUAUGUUUAGCAUUCAUUCUUCUAAAAGUCCUGGAUUGGAUGGUUUUGGUUCAGGUUUUUUUAAGGGAUUAUGGGGAAUCAUUGGAGCUAAAAUAUCCCAAGCUGUAUUAGGCUUUUUCCAGGAUGGUUUCUUGCCUAAAUCCUUGAAUGAAACAGUGAUCUCUCUCAUCCCUAAGGUAGCAGACCCAAAAUCAGCUAGUGACUACAGGCCAAUUGCCUGUUGUAAUACCCUUUAUAAGUGUAUUUCGAAGUUGCUUUGUACUAGGCUCUCGGAGGUGCUUCCUUUCCUAGUUCAUAGCAACCAAGGGGCCUUUAUAAAGAACAGAAAUCUUGCCCAUAAUAUCAUGAUAUUCCAGGAUCUCCUAAAAGGGUAUACUAGGAAGAAUAUAUCAGCUAGAUGCAUAAUGAAGAUUGAUCUUAGCAAGGCCUACGAUACCGUCGAUUGGCUCUUUGUGGAGAAGUUGCUUAAGAGUCUAUGUUUCCCGUCUAGAUUUAUUAAUUGGAUCAUGGUUUGUCUUAAAGGAACGAGUUACAGCCUCCUCAUGAAUGGUAGAAUUCAGGGGUCCUUUAAAGGGGAAAAAGGUCUUCGUCAAGGUGACCCAAUAUCGCCUCUUUUAUUUGUUUUGAUAAUGGAGUACCUAACUAGACUCUUGGCUCACAAUGCUGGUAAAAAAGGUUUUGGAUUCCACCCUUUGUGCAAACAUCUUAGAUUAACUAACCUUUGCUUCGCAGAUGAUUUGAUCAUUUUUUGCAAAGGUCUUUCAGCGAGUAAAACUAAAUCUAAUGUCUUCUUUGGAGGCGUUAAGGAUGAAGCUAAACUCAAGAUUCUUGAUCUUAUGCAAAUGGAUGAAGGUACCUUCCCUUUGAAGUACUUAGGAGUUCAUCUUAGGCCUACUAAAUGGAAGGCUGCAGAUUGUGGGGUGAUCCUGGAUAAAUUGCACAAGAACCUUAACUGCUGGGCAAGUAGGAACUUAUCCUUUGCAGGGCGGGCUCAACUUAUUCAUUCAGUGCUGAUUGGUAUUAGGAACUUUUGGAUGGGUAUCUUCAUUCUGCCUUCUAAAGUCACAGCUGCUAUUGAUAAAUGUUGUCGCGAUUUCCUUUGGGGUUCUAGAGGAAAUAGGAGUAAGCUUCAUCUCCCUUCAUGGGAGAAGGUGUGUCUUCCGAAAAAGUUGGGUGGUAUUGGCUUUCGUGAAGGCAAGAAGUGGAAUAUGGCCUUGAUGGCUAAGUAUAUUUGGGCCUCAUCUAGUAAGCAAGACUGUCUUUGGGUUAAAUGGAUCAAUUCCAUUUAUCUUAAAGAUCAUACCAUAUGGAGUAUUCCUAUUAAGCAAGAUAUGAGUUGGUACUUUAAGAAGCUUCUCAAACUUAGGCAGUCUACUGAUUAUAAUUCUUUGAAGCUUGCUGAAAAGGGAGCAACUUUGUAUUUCAUUUGGAAAAACAGGAACAAUUGUAUAUUUGAAUUAGCUUGCUAUUCUUCUAGAAGUGUUAGCUUUGACAUUAGGAAAGUUGUUAAAUGUAGAAUCUUGGGUUUGGGUCUUCUUAGAUCUAGCAAAAUGGACAGUUAUUUGAUCAAUGUUGUAGAGGGUUGGUAG